AUGUGGUUUUGCUGGCCUCAUCUGGUUGCUUGCAUCUAUCCAACCCGUCUUGACGGUAUCACUCAAUGGUCGCCCAAUCGACAUCUCAUUGCCAAGGGGGGUCAUGACAGCCAAAACACGCUCCAUGCGGUGGCCACCGAGCGACAUGGGCAAAACAAUUGCGCCCCGGCACUCGCUUCGGCUUCUCCCGACCGACUGAACAUUCACCUGCACAUGCCCGAGGUCUGCCCACGGUCAGAUACCAAUCCGGUCAGAGAUGGCAUACCUGAGCCCUUGUCCCCAUCCACGGUCCACUCCAUCACGGAUCCCAGUCUCGUCAAACGAAGCACUUCCUUGACAAGUUUCACGCCCAAUCCCGGGUCUCAGCUUGCAGAUCGAUGGAUAAUCUGUGCCUCAGGGCCUCCCAUUUGCAUCAACCGAGCAGCCGCAGCACAACCACCGAAGAGCAACCUGAAAGAACGGCAAGGAGCCAUUCUACAACUGCGCUCGUUUACGGCAUCUCUGCCGACCUUGAAGCCACGGGGAGUCGCCCUAGUCACCAGCAAUAACCAGCACGCCAAGCUCCCACGGCAACCAUUCCUCCUCCAAAAAAAGUACGCAAACCACCACUCAGCACCGUUCUCACCUGCGCCCUCUGCAGAAGCAGGAUGA